UGGCGGGUGUUAAGAUGGCUGCCUGCCGGCAGUUUGUUGACCGCCAGCUCCAGCUCCCGGGAACGCCAACCGGCAGGACUCGGCGCGUCGCCGUCGGGGGCCCUUAGCUGUUUUGUGAGGUUCGGAUACUGGAGUGGGACCCCGCUGCGAUCUUGACCCUGAAGAGAAGAUGUGGAGUGGGCUGCUGCCUCCUGGCCUCAAUGAAAGUGAUGUGGAGUCAGAUUCUGGGGAUGAAGCCACCUCGGCAGCGACCUCCCAGGAGGGUGAUGCGGACGGGACUGCUAGGAACCCGGACAUCUCAGCUGUCCCCGCAGAGCAGCCCGAGACUGAACCAGAGACGAUCGUGGAUGCCUAUGAGGCGUGUCCUGCUGGAGUCUCCCUGAACAUGUGGACCAAAUUUCAAGAGUUGCAUAAAAAACAUUCUGAACAGAAAGUCUCAACCUCAAGAUUCAGAAAGAAAAAAAGAAAACGCUCCAGAAAAGAUAAAUUGAAGAAUGGAAAUGAAUCUCAUGGUGAACCAAGUGAGCAGUCAUCAAACGAAGCUCAGUGGAAGGAACUUACUCAGUAUUUUGGAGUCAAUGAUCGAUUUGAACCUCCUGUUAAAAAGAAAAAGGUUGAAAAAUCAGGCCUUGAAAAGAGGAUUGACCAGGCUGUGGAGGAGUGGGACAUCGAGAAGGCCGAGGAGCUCAGUAACCAGCUGGCUGUGCGCGAGCUUGGUGUAAAAGUUGCCAAAGCAAUUGCCUGCCGCAAGUAUGUGAAAGCCAAAAAGGAGGCCGAAAAUUCACAGGCUGCACGAAAAAAGAAGAAGCUUGCGUGGGGAUUUGAAGCAAAGAAGAGAUGGGAAACGAAAAGCAACAUGGGAUACAUGUAACUUGGAAGACUUCUGCGAGAUCCUUGUAGAUUCACGGGCUCAAUUAUUGAAAAUGUUUUCCUGCUUAUGUUAAACACAUCAAGAAAUUGAUAGAAGAAUAAGCAUAAAAUUUGGGAGUUGGUUAUCAGCUCUUUUCUAUCUUUUUUUCUAAGGAGUUCAUGUUAUUGAAGUCAAUGAAAUGAAACAUUUGGUAUAAGAAAUGCUAUUUGUACAGGAAAUCUGAGCACACAUAUAGAAAAAAGGAUAGGAUUGAUUAUUUAUUUAUAUGGGUCUGCAGGAGAAAAUCAAUUUUGCUUUUCAUCUGUUUGGUAUAGCAUAGUCAGUGACCUUGGACUUUCUUACCGGUACUCGGUGUAACUGCACUUACUUUGGAAUAGUGUUUUUUUGAUUUAUAGUGGAUUGAUUGUAAGUUCAAAAAAGUCUCAACUGAUACUGUUGUUAAAAUUACUUUAGUUACCUUAAUGUUGUAAUCAUAAUUACUGAUUCUUUACUGGUGCAGUAGAGUUGAUAACUUCCUAUUCACCUAGUAAAAGCAAUUGACUAAUUUUGUGUACUUUCAGAUCAAUUAUUACGAAAAAACCCAGACAGAAUGUCAUGGUUCAAGGGUGAUUUAAAUUCAGCUCUGCCUGCAGAUCUCUUCCUACGUAUCUCACAGUCAUGUCAUUCUUUUAGAGUUGGUUCUUGGAAGACAAAAUGGUGUCAUUGCAGCUCAAGAUAAUACAACUUGGAACCAUU